AUGAAGGUCAUUGCACACCUGGUAGUACUGACCACAAUUUGGUGUCCCUAUGUGAGCAGUACUAAAACAGGAAAUUCUACCGUCACAUACAUAUUCGGGUUCAAAUGCUACUUGGGACACCAGCGAUUGGACGUCUCUUCUGUCGUGUAUAUCCAGUACGACGGGGAACCAAUUCUUUGUGAUGAAAUCUUUUUUCUUGGACAAGAUGCAGCCAAUGGAAAUGCAUUACAGCUGUGUCUGACGCCUGUUUAUUAUGAUGAUCCCUACUGUGAGAUAUUUAUAGAGUACAAAUCCUAUCUCACCGGGCAAAUACUACAGACUUUAAGAUGCAGGGACAACAAAACAAUCACUUGGUGUUCAGAAGAAACAGAUAAUUUGUCUGUCGGAAUCAAGAUGGAGUCGUUUGUUCGACAGAGAACAGCAGCUCGGCUCAAAAUGAGGCUGGAAGCCAAGCCAAAAACACACAGAGCUGAGGAAGAAGACGAAGACCCGAGUUUUGAUUUGGCUCCAUUGUUUGUAAUUCUUGGAAUAUUCAUGUUGCAAGUUUUCAUAUUUCUUGUCAUUUUUGGAUUUGCCAAGCGGACUGUAAGGCAAAUUCGACCAUCGCUUGAAGAGGGUGCCUAUGCACUACAACUGUAA